GCUGCCGGAGCUUUGACUACUAGUCGGGGGCUACUUUCCUGUGGAGGUCAAAUGUCUGAAGAAAACCCCCAAGAGUGCACGGAGCCGGUGGAGCCCAAGGCUAAGCCCGCCCCAGAGAAGACGAGCGACUACUACCGCGUGAGCGAGCAGCUCCCAGUCAGGUUCAACAACCCGGGGUGGUUUCGUGGCUACAGGACCAAAGAGCUUGUCUCCAUGUACAGGACCAGUAACCAAACCUAUGGGAGCAGAGCACCCACAGUGCAUGAGAUGCCGACUGUAUUUUAUCCAUCUUCAAAUAAGUUUUCCAGAGAAUGUUCAGCUUCUGGAAUGUUCCUGAAUAAUACUUUUAAUGUCGGCUUGGAGAAGAGCGUGGUGACAGGCCCUGACAAUUACAUCACCCACUAUGACCGCCUUAACUUUCAUCCCAGUUACAAUGUCAACAGGCCAUCCAUCUGUGACUAAGGGAGUUGGCUGCCCGUCCGGGGGGCGGGGGUGUCUCCUGACUCAGUGCUGCUGUAGGGAGCACUGCUGCCCCUGAUCCUUGACAAGUGCCCGGUCCUAAAGGCACAGAUCUCACUGCCUUCUCAGAAAACGCUUUUCCUUCCAGGAGGAGAAAAAUAUGCAAAUAGGGCCAUAAUGUCCUUCGUUCUGUAUUUUACACAGGAAAAGAUACUGAUGGCUGGAUUUGCUAUUAAAGCCUCAAUUUCUGGCUUGUCUCAUCUUUGCCCUGGAGCAGCAGGGAACUGUACAUCUUGGAAGCCAGAUCUUGGUCUGAAAUGCAGGGUGUGACAGGGGGUGCCACAAAGUGUCUUUAUUUGUGAGCUGU